AUGACAAUAGAUGACCCAACAAAACGUUACAAGAUUGAAUUCUACUAUUAUCUUCUAGAUAUAGUAACCACAUGUUUGGAUGAGAGAUUCAAUCAACUGAAAUCUCGUGAUUCUUUUGAUUUUCUCUACGACAUCGUCGAGCUGAGGAAUGCACCUCCUGACGGCCUGGACACAAAGUGUAGAAACGUCGCAGUGAUUUUGCAGGAUCAUGAAUCAAGAAACAUUGAUGGACUGGAGUUGAGGGAAGAAAUAAAAGUGCUUUCAACAUCGUUGAAACCUGGUAUAGGUCCAAAAGAGACUCUGAAGUUUAUAGGAAGACAUAAUUUUUGCCCUAAUGUUAACGUUGCUCUGAGAAUUCUCCUAACACUUCCAGUGACAGUUGCAAGUGGAGAGAGGAGUUUCUCAAAACUGAAAUUGAUAGAGACAUACCUCCGAUCAACGAUGUGCCAAACUCGUUUCAAUGAUUUUGCAACAAUGUCGAUUGAGCACGAGGUUGCAGAGGACUUAAAUUACACAGAUUGUUGA